CAGACGCGUCCUUUGGGCCGAGGGGCAACGACAAGCUCGUCGUCCUGGCACUUGACCGGCGGCCCUCGGCGCAGCUAACUCGGGCCAAUGGUGCAGUGUGCGUUACCCGAGUGUUCCCGACCACAGUCACUGGAGUGUAGACCUUUCCUGACUGGGCGUCUGGGGUUGGCGCCCGGCACCAUGAUGCUCAUACAUACAUAAUAGCUUGGCUCCGCCCGUGGAACUGCUUGCGUGAAACGUGGAGAACUACCGAGGCUACGGAAGAGUCUCGUCAUCAGGUCAUCUCAAAGAAAAGGCAGACAUCCCCUCUUUCUUUGAAUAUACCUUCAGGUCCUCGUAUAUACUUCUUACCUUUGACUGGAGAAUAAGAUUAGUGAAGAUGGCAAACAUUGAUGCAGAGGAGCAGCAGUACCAGCAAGAGGUGGAAGAGGUCAAGAAGUGGUGGUCAGAUUCACGAUGGCGGUACACCAAGAGGCCCUUCACAGCAGAGCAGAUCGUCCAAAAGCGAGGCACGCUGAGGAUACAAUACCCCAGCAAUGCACAGUCGAAGAAGCUUUGGAACCUUGUGGAGGGCAGGUUCAAGAACAAUGACGCAAGCUAUACAUACGGCUGUCUCGACCCAGUCAUGGUCACACAGAUGGCAAAGUACAUCGACACCGUCUAUGUCUCCGGCUGGCAAUGCUCGUCAACUGCUUCGUCGACCGACGAGCCCGGCCCCGAUCUCGCAGAUUACGCCUACACCACGGUCCCCAACAAGGUCGGCCACCUCUUCAUGGCACAGCUCUUCCACGACCGCAAGCAGCGCGAAGAGCGCCUCACCACACCAAAGGCAAACCGCGCAAAUGCGCCUAGUAUCGACUACCUGCGGCCUAUCAUAGCUGAUGCGGAUACUGGUCACGGAGGUCUCACCGCAAUCAUGAAGCUUACGAAGCUGUUCGUCGAGAAGGGCGCAGCUGGCAUCCACAUCGAGGACCAAGCGCCUGGAACCAAGAAGUGCGGCCACAUGGCCGGGAAAGUGCUUGUCCCCAUCAGCGAGCACAUCAACCGGCUGGUCGCGAUCCGCGCGCAAGCCGACAUCAUGGGCGUCGACCUCCUCGCCGUCGCCCGCACCGACUCCGAAGCCGCCACCCUCAUAACCUCCACCAUCGACCCCCGCGAUCACCACUACAUCCUGGGCGCCACGAACCCCGCACUCCAAGCCCUUAGCGACCUCAUGCACGCCGCCGAGCAAGCUGGCAAGUCCGGCCCCGAACUCCAAGCCAUAGAAGACGCCUGGACGAAGGAAGCUUCUCUCAAGCUCUUCCACGAGGCCGUCAUCGACACCAUCAACGCGGGCGUGCACGUCAACAAGGAGUCUCUCAUCGCGGAGUUCCUGGAGAAAAGCAAGGGCAAGAGCAACGGCGAGGCGCGCGCAAUCGCAAAGGGACUGACGGGCGUUGAUAUUUUCUUUGAUUGGGAUGCGGCGAGGACGCGCGAGGGGUACUACAGGUACCAGGGCGGGACCCAGUGCGCGGUGAACCGCGCCGUGUGCUAUGCGCCGUAUGCGGACAUGAUAUGGAUGGAGUCGAAGCUGCCAGACUAUGCGCAGGCGAAGGAGUUCGCGGACGGCGUGCACGCCGUGUGGCCGGAGCAGAAACUCGCAUACAACCUCUCCCCCUCGUUCAACUGGAAAGCCGCCAUGCCCCGCGACGAGCAGGAAACCUACAUCCCGCGCCUCGCCGCGCUGGGCUACUGCUGGCAGUUCAUCACGCUGGCGGGACUGCACCAGACGGCGCUCAUGGCGGAUACCUUCUCCAAGGCGUACGCGAAGCAGGGGAUGCGCGCGUACGGCGAGAUCAUCCAGGAGCCCGAGGCCGAAAACAAGGUCGAUGUGCUGACGCACCAGAAGUGGAGCGGCGCGAAUUACGUCGACAACAUGCUCAAGAUGGUGAGUGGGGGUGUGAGUUCGACGGCGGCGAUGGGGAAAGGGGUUACCGAGGAUCAGUUCAAGUAG